AUGACGGAUCCAAUUCGAACGGGAGGUGCGAAAGCCGGGACAUCGCCAUCGGGUCGCGGCCAUUCCCGGCAUUCUAGUAAUUCAACAAACGGAGACCAAUCAUCCACUUCAGAUGAAUUGUUCUUGGCUCAUCCGCGAUCCGAACCCAUCACACGACGGCCGUCGAAUGCACAGGUCUGGGUUCCUGUGCAGCCGUUAUUAACAUCCGAAUCCACACCCGCUUCUCCUACCGAUCUCCAUAUCAAAACUUACCAAGGUGCCAGUGCCGCCUUGUAUUCACCUGCAACGACUGCUCUCUCAUCUCCCGGCGGGCAGAGACAACUAUUUUCUCAAUCUCCAUUCCUCCACCCGUCUCACCGACAGCCUGUCAAGGAAACCCAUCUUCUCGACGUCGAAUUUGAUCCGAUAUCCGGCCGCAAGUCCAUCAACUCGUACGAAAUCAUCAAUGAGAUCGGCAGGGGUGUUCAUGGUAAGGUAAAACUCGGUCGGAACCUUCUUGGAGACCACGAAUUCGUUGCGAUCAAAAUUGUUGAACGAACCUCUCGGCCUCGCCUCGGGAAGGUCGGUCAGAAGAAAGGCAGUCAGGAGGAGAAAGUCAAGCGCGAAAUUGCCAUAUUGAAGAAAUGUCGACAUCCGAAUGUUGUUAGGUUGAUCGAAGUCAUUGAUGACCCGUCUAGCAAGAAGGUGUAUCUUGUCCUGGAAUUCGUUGAACUUAGUGAGGUCAAAUGGAGACGCCAGGGCGAUGAAAGUAUUGCUCAGAGGGAGGCCCUUCGACUCGAGAAACUUCGGGCUCUUGCUCUUGGUACAGCGGAUGCCCGUGAAGAGGAACAACGCAAGGAACGACAACUGCGACGGCGUAUUGCUAAGCAGAAUGAAGCCGCCCGUAAGGCCAGAGAUGAAAGGAAACGACACCAAGAACAUGCUGCUGCUUCCGAGCACAUGUGGUCCCUUGAAUUCGGAGGAGAAACAGAAGAAUCUUUGAGCGAUGAUGAUGUUGCCGUUGGGAGCUUUACCGACGAUUCUCACGAUGAUGAAACUCCAACUGCCAUCAAGGAGUCUUCGGAUGUCAACCCUUUUAUUCAAGACAUCUCUGAUAUUUCCCGGAACUACUCGUUGUCUACGAUCGCUACUAACACUAGUGAUUCGUAUGAUCCGGAUCUUAUGUACGUUCCGUCGUUGACCAUCCAGCAAGCUAGACAAGUUUUCAGAGAUACCGUCCUUGGGUUGGAAUAUCUUCACUAUCAAGGCAUCAUUCACAGGGACAUCAAGCCCGCCAAUCUCCUUUGGAAUAGAGAUCACCGAGUCAAGAUUUCUGAUUUUGGUGUCAGCUAUCUCGGCCAAGGCGUUGACGAGGAGGGAAACGUCGGACUUGACCAGACUGAUAUCGAGCUGGCUAAGACCGUUGGAACACCUGCCUUCUUUGCACCGGAGCUCUGCUACAGCGACAUCACGAAGCCGCGCCCGCAGAUUACAGAAGCUAUCGACGUAUGGGCCCUUGGUGUUACACUCUAUUGCCUUAUCUUUGCCAGGUGCCCCUUUAUGGCAAGCGGCGAAUAUGAACUUUACAACAUUAUCGAAACUCAAGAGCUCUUCAUCCCCAACACUCGCCUCCGUCCUGAUGUUGACUCUCCAUCCGGCUCCCGUCCGAGUACUCGUCGGUCGGUGUCUCACCGAAAAAGUCUUAACCUGAAACUGAACGAUGUUCCUGAAGACGAGCCUUCCAACACGCAUGAGCCCAUCUCCGCCGACCUUAAGGAUUUGCUGCGGAAGCUUCUCACGAAGGACCCAGCCGAGCGUAUCACACUUUCUGAAGCGAAGCGUCACCCAUGGGUUCUACAAGACCUGGAUGAUGCGAUCGGCUGGAUCGAAGAAAGCGACCCAAGACGUGCUCGCCCAGUCGAGAUCUCUAGAGAAGAUGUUGACCACGCUGUCGCGCCAGCUACCGUCCUGGGUCGUGUCAAGAAUAGCUUGAGGAAAGCCGUCGGUGGUAUUGCAACUGCAGUUGGCCUACGGCGUCGAGCCCAUAGCGCUGUCACUAUCCCUACCACGGUAUCCAUAGGUGCUAUCCCCAUCGAACCUCGUGUAGGAGGUAUGGACGGAGCAGACGACAUCGCAGAUUUCAUUCGCGAUCGUGAAACAGACGCCCAGAGGGCUUUAAAAAGGGAGAAGAAUUUGGCACCACCACAUCAACAUCAAGGACAUCAGCAUCCACAUAACCAACACCAGCAUCCCCAUCAGCAUCCACACCCGCAUUCACACCCGCACCCACAUCAAUAUCAACACCAACAUCAUUCCCCUCUCCGUCGAGCUACAUCUGUGACUGUCGCUAAUAUCAAUAAGGAGUAUAAGACAUCUCUUGUGACUGGUCUUCUUCCUGCCAACGGUGGCUCCAAAGCGCCUCCGCCAACACCAAUCGCCGGAACCCCAGUCGCCCAAUAUGAGAAUGCCGAAGCGCACCAUAGUCGUCGAGGGCAUCAGAACAGUGCCUUUUCUUCACGUAUAGCCAUAGGUAGGCUGCUCCGCGCUUCGAAAAGCAGAGACAUGCAUAGGGACUUUCGAGCCACUGAAACACGAGCCACGGAGACCAGUUCGGAACCCGGUGAUACGGACAUUGUUUGGAAGCAGGAUAAAGAAAAGAGAGCAGAAGGCAAAGACAAGCACUUUGGUUCCGUGCGAGGCUGGAGCGGCGUGAUUCGUCGAGGAAGUCGGCAAUCUUGCGACUCCAUCAUGCGCUUGGCUGCCGGAUUUUCCGACAACAGGUCCUCUCGUUCCGCCAGCCCCAUGCCUAGUAUGCCGUCUUCGCCCGCUGAAGAUCCAAAGCCAGUCUUCCCACCAACUCCAAGCCGCAAAUCACCAUUCUUCCCAAUUUCAGACACCGACGAUAGCAAACACUCCCGAGAUGUUUCACCAAUUAGUGUCAAGUCUACAGAUGAUGCUCUUGCGAACUGCCCUCCGAGCCCAGAAGAUGCGACAUAUCUCGAUGUUCUUGCCAACCGCUCAAACAAGGAAGGAGUCUUCAGUGGAGAUGAUAGUAGUUUCUCGAACACCACCACUAAAGUUACGCCACACAGCCUCAAGUGGGAAGGCAGCUUCCCCCCUCGUACCUAUGCUGUGGAUAUGAACCAGCAAGUCUCACCAGGAACUUCUGUUAAAUCGCCUAGCUUAUCACCCAGAACACGAUCGCCACGUCCACGACACCAGCACACUCGAUCGUUUCACUUCUCCUCUCCGUCAGGCGGAAUUCCAGAGCGAUCUGUCUUGACAUCAUCUAGCAGCGAAGAGCAUUUCGGUACCUCUAGUCUUAGCAAUUCUACGAGUUUCCCUAGUGUCCUUUCUGCCUCAUCAUCACUCUCUACUGACGACCACUGGCCUCAUGGCUCACCACCUCCCAAAACGCGUCUUAAUAGUGCGGAUCGUCUUAGCAUGCUACCAACUUGUUUCCCUUCCAAACCUGCUUACCAAGAAAUCCAAACACGGACUAAAUUAUCGUCCAGCAGGAGCGGAUCAGCCCCACCUAUGGAGUUCCUAAACACUAUCGAAGACGUUCAUGAUCAUCCUACCGACGACUUUUCUGCUGAUGGUGCUGUUGCGGAUAUUGAAGACUGCGACGAUGACGAUGAAGAGGAUGAGGGCUUCUUCAUUGACUUCAAGAAGAAAGAAGUUAGAAGCAACAGCCUGGCUGCAUCCUCCCGUCCACAGCUCACCCAACUCAAUAAGGAACAGCUCGCGAAUCGCCGAAAGUCGUAUGUUCCCUAA